AUGAUUGCACUGGAACGAUGGGUUCCUACGGUGCGAAUGGAUUUUCCUUCCUCAAUUCCUUUUUGGGUCAAGAUCAUGGAUCUUCCGUCCCAAUACCAUGAGGAUGAACAAGUGGAGAAGAUAGGUGAGGACUUGGGAGAGAUUAUGAAGUGGAAGAUAGUUAAACCUUUCCCAAUGGUUCGUGUGAUGGUAGAAUGA